AUGAAGACAAAGACACAUGCACCGUGUGAGGCCCAUCUACCAAUUUGUAUGAGGCCCAUCUCCCAUGGAAACCCUAAUCCGCAGCCGCGACAUCCAGCCCUGCGCCCCCGCCCAUGGCUUGCUCGCCUCCACCCGCGGUCGUGGCCUCCAGUGCCCUGCGCCCCCGCCGCUUGUCAGCCUCCACCGCCCCACCCGUCUCUCAAGUACUUCUACUUCACCGCCGACGGCCGCAAGUCCCCCGACGUCGAGAUCCCCGUGGACGCGCCCACCAUGAUGCACGACUUCGCCGUCACCGAGAACCACGCCAUCAUCCCGGACCAGCAGAUCGUGUUCAAGCUACAGGAGAUGGUCCUGGGCGGCUCCCCCGUGGUGUACGACAGGAACAAGACCGCGCGGUUCGGGGUGCUGCCGAAGCGCGCCACCGACGCGUCGCGGCUGCGGUGGGUGGACGUCCCCGACUGCUUCUGCUUCCACCUCUGGAACGCGUGGGAGGACGAGGCCACGGGCGAGAUCGUGGUGAUCGGAUCCUGCAUGACCCCCGCGGACGCCGUGUUCAACGAGUCCGCCGCCGGCGAGGAGAGCUUCCGCAGCGUGCUGUCGGAGAUCCGGCUGGACCCGCGCACCGGCACGUCCUCGAGGCGCGCGGUCCUGAGCGAUGCCGACCAGGUGAACCUGGAGGCCGGCAUGGUGAACCGGCAGCUGCUGGGCAGGAGGACGCGCUACGCCUACCUCGCCAUUGCCGAGCCGUGGCCCAAGGUGUCGGGCUUCGCCAAGGUGGACCUCGAGGCAGGCACCGUCGAGAAGUUCAUCUACGGCGACGGUCGGUACGGCGGCGAGCCCUGCUUCGUGCCGCACCUCGACGCCCCCGCGGGCGCCGCGGAGGACGAUGGCUACGUGCUGUGCUACGUGCACGACGAGGGUCGCGGCGCGUCGGAAAUGCUCGUCGUUAACGCCCGCGACAUGCGGGCCGAAGCCGCCGUCAAGCUGUCGGGCCGCGUCCCAUACGGGUUGCACGGCACGUUCAUCGCCAGCAAGAACAUAUGCGACCAGCAAGAGUUUGGCGAUGGAGCCAAAGUCGAACAUGCCGGACAGAUUCCUGUGUGUGAGGCAAAUGCUGGAGGACUUAAGGUCAGCUUGAAUGGCCUUGAAGAGCUGGUUCAGACUUCAGACUGGACCCAAGUUGACCUCAACUUAGAUCAGAAAUUCAGUGUCGUACCUAAAUUUGGCUACUUUACUAAUGCUGCGGGGGAUGGCGGAAGGCAUUGUGCCGUCGUCACCUUCGACAUGCGCGGCGUAGGCUGGUCCACGGGACGGGCGUCGCUCACGCGCUCCACCGAGAACAUCGAGUGGACGGUGAUUCAACCUAAGCCACAUUCUUGA